UAACAUAUAAUGCAACUGUGAAAGCAAAACAAUAAGACAUUUACAAAGGCAAUAUUAUACAGAGAAGCCUCCUUGCAACAGGCCUAUGGCCAGGCAGAUCACCUGACCAUGUUCGCUGGAUACACGGACCAUUCCACCACUAACUUUCAGACUUCAUACAUGAAGUUAAUUAGCAUGUGUAGUUUUGACACCGCGUAUUCUUAUGCCUAAGAGCAUUGUUUUUGAAAUAUUAAUAAAAACACUUGCCUGCUUAGAUUUAUAGUAUCGAUGUUGCAUCCAAAUUGGAGCUUUAUGUAUUGGAAGCAGGUGUUUACAUAUGUUACGGACUACCGUAUUUCUGUAGAGCGAUGGGAACCCACGUGAGAUGUACACUGGGUCAAUGCACUGUCAUCGUUAAAGAAGGCUUGGGUAGGCCAAGGCUACCAUGUACUUCACUUACAAGUACAGCGACUCUUGUUUGUCUGGUGCAGCAGUCCAGUUCCUUGCACUGUGUGAUGCGCUGUUUGCACUGACUUGUGGCUAUGCAGGUUCCUCGACUACGGCAUCCCCGAAGCAGUACAGCUCACUCGUGUCCAUACAAGGCAGGCUGCAUUCCUGUCGGCAGUGCACCUAUGUGACCCAGCACGAGGGAAUAAUGAAAACACACCUUAGCAGACACACGGCUGAGUGCCCCUUCCAGUGCCACCUGUGUCCGGUGGCAUUUACUCGGAGCGACAGUCUCAAAGGGCACAUUCGGACCCAUACAGAAGUGCGUCCAUUUUCCUGCGUACACUGCAGUGCAUCUUUUUCGCUGAAAGGCAACCUCGUGAGGCACGUGCGCACCCACGCAGGAGAGCGUCCCUUUUCCUGUGACCACUGCAAUGCAUCCUUUUCAGUGAAAAGCAAGCUGACGAAACACUUGCGCACCCACACUGGAGAGCGUCCCUUUUCAUGUGACCACUGCAAUGCAUCCUUUUCAGUGAAAAGCAAGCUGACGGAACACUUGCGCACCCACACUGGAGAGCGUCCCUUUUCAUGUGACUACUGCAAUGCAUCCUUUUCAGUGAAAAGCAAGCUGACGGAACACUUGCUCACCCACACUGGAGAGCGUCCCUUUUCCUGUGACCACUGCAAUGCGUCCUUUACAGUGAAAAGCAAGCUGACGGAACACUUGCGCACCCACACUGGAGAGCGUCCCUUUUCAUGUGACCACUGCAAUGCAUCCUUUUUGGUUAAAAGCAGCCUUGUGACGCACAUGCGCACCCACACAGGAGAGCGUCCCUUUUCCUGUGACCACUGCAGUGCAUCCUUUUCACUGAAAGGCAACCUCGUGAAACACAUGCGCACCCACACAGGAGAGCGUCCCUUUUCCUGUGACCACUGCAAUGCAUCCUUUUCAGCGAAAAGCACUCUGACUGGACACUUGCGCACCCACACUGGAGAGCGUCCCUUUUCCUGUGACCACUGCAAUGCAUCCUUUUCAGUGAAAAGCCAUCUGACGGAACACUUGCGCACCCACACUGGAGAGCGUCCCUUUUCAUGUGACCACUGCAAUGCAUCCUUUUCACAGAAAGGCAACCUCGUGAAACACAUGCGCACCCACACAGGAGAGCGUCCCUUUUUCUGUGACCACUGCAAUGCAUCCUUUUCCCUGAAAAGCACUCUGAUGUUACACUUGCGCACCCACACUGGAGAGCGUCCCUUUUCAUGUGACCACUGCAAUGCAUCCUUUUCGGUUAAAAGCAGCCUUGUGAAGCACAUGCUUACCCACACAGGAGAACGUCCCUUUUCAUGUGACCACUGCAAUGCAUCCUUUUUACACAAGCGCCACCUCACUCACCACACCUCAAGGCGUCAUCCAAGCAAGACACCCUAAAGGUUCCCUCUCUUCGGCAUCCUUGGAGCAGUACCAUUCUCUUGUGUCCGUACAAGGCCGACUGCAUUCCUGUCGGCAGUAACCUGUGUGACCAAGAACAGUGGACAUGUGAAAAUGCACCUUCGCAGAUGCAUGGGCGAGCGCCCUGUCGAGUGCCACCUGUGUCUGGCUACGUUCACUCGUGACUGUGAUCUCAAAAGCCACAUUACCACCCACAUGGUUGAGGGUCCCUUUUCCUGUGUUCACUGCAAUGCAUGCUUUGUGCAGAAAAGUGCACUAAAAGUCCACAUGUGUCAUCAUCAUGCAGAGAAGCCCUGAAGGUCUGGAAUAUGGACAAUAUUUUGUGUGUGUGGGUGAAAUAGCGGAUUCAUUGAUUGAUUACAUUUUUACAGCGAAUGAUAACUUCUAAAGUGCAUCAAAGGGUUUUUGGAUGUUUCAGGAAUGGCGUUUCUUACAGGGUAUUGUCUAGUGAGAAAUCUAUUGUUAAUUAAAAUUUCUCCAUGAGGGCCUUCAAAUGACUUUACAGCUAUGUCAUAAUGUUGAAUGUUUGCCUUACCUUCAAUGUGGAUUGUCUAAAAGUGCAUUUA